UUUUCUUUGAUUUAAUGUUCUCUUUUCUUCCAUUUCCAACAUUCAUCAAUUUCUUCUUUAUUCUCAUCACUCCAUUAUAACAAACUUUUGCAGCCUCAGCUCGCCUUUUAAUAACCCUUCUCUAUUGUCUAUUGGACCACACCUCCCGCAUUUUCCUAAUAUUGAUAGUUACGUUAUUCGCCUUUUGCACCCCAUUCUCUCUAUCCUACCGUUCCCAGAUACCCGCGAGUGAUGAGCACAGCAAAGCCUGGUUUGACAGUUCCAUACGUACCUCCAGACUCAGCUUCCACUUCUGCAAAACCUGCCCGCUCGCGAAAACAACGCUCCAGCAGCAAUCAUCCAAAGAAACUUGAAAAGAGUCCCUCCUUUAAUUCAGAUUUACACAAUGGACUAAACUCAGCCAACGCUGGUACCAGCUCCUCCUCCACCGGCACUGGCGCCAAUAACAACAAUGCCUCUAACAGAACUACCUACAGUAAUAACGGUAAAGGCGGUAGUGGCGGCAAGGGCAGCAGUAGCAAUAAAGCCCGCCGUAAUAGCACAACUGCCUCCGAAAAUGAUUCAGAGUCCACAGCGGCUUGUGUAUCAAGUGCACCUGUCGAGCGUUCACGGGGAUAUCUCUCUCGAAGGGAGAACAACACUGGCGCGGCCUCCGACACCAGCUCUAGUAGGCCCACGGGAUCAACUGGCCGACUUUUUGAUCCUAAAAGAGACCCUAUCCCGGUUGUGCCUUCUACCUCGACAACACAACAACAGCAACAGUCAUUCACACGCUCUAAUCCAGGUGACACCUAUAAUCAUGAUUUAGGUGCUCACAGGCGAUCGAGUCAUGGUUCGCAGAAGCAGCAGAAGCAGCAGAAGCAGCAGCAACAGCAGAGACAGCAACAGAACCAUAGAUUAUAUGAUCCCAAUCGGCCGCAGCCGCAGUCAGUGCGUCAUGAAGGCGCCUCUGUAUCAUCUGCCUCUAUUGCUCCGACGACGACGACCGCCGCAGUUAUUCCUAAUCAACCUUCAAAACAGAGUUCACCCUCAGCAACUACGCCUUCACAUGUGGAUGGUUUAGUCAAGUUGACUAGAGAUAUCCAGCAGCUGGAAAAGAAGAUGAUGGAGAAGCCUGCACGUCGGACUUUGGAUAGUGACGAUGACAUGGACAGUAAUAGUAGACAAAGCGGCCAUUUGGCGUGGCAUCAACGCAUGGACAACUCCAAAAGACUAGCAUCAAAAUAUCUCCAGUUAAUACAGGCCGACUUCAAGUCAUCGGUAAAGCAUGACAUUGAUACUCGGUGCUGGAAACUCGCCAUUUAUCCGCUUAUCGAGACCUUUCGUGUAGCAUUAAGGAAUUCCGAUCAUGCCAACCAAUCGCUUUCCGAGUCGGAUGAAGACCAUAGUGAGACCAUUCGACAUUACUUUGCACAAUUCAUUACGUUCGCUCAAGAAUUUUAUGGGACUCUCAAGUCGACUCUUCAAAAGCUAGAAGCCAAGCAUGCGACACCUAAUGGCGGUCUUGCACAGACAGCAUACGUCCCCCGAUGGCAUCGAUGCAUUGGCAUCUUGGGCGACCUUGCACGUUACCGAUGGUUGCACAAGUUGGAUGAUGAUGCUUCGCCACCUACUAAUUGGUUGAUUGUGGCACGAAGAUUGUACCGCGAAGCGAUUGAUGUUGGUCCUGGUAAUGGCAAAAUGUAUAAUCAGCUUGCACUCUUGGCAGGUUGCCGAGGAUUAGAAUCCUUGUAUUACUAUAGCAAGAGUUUGACAGUUCGAUCAUCCUUUAUGAACGCACGUGAUACAUUGACCUCGUUUUUUGCAGCAAAUGAACAAAUCAGACAACUUCAGGACUUGUCGUUGAAAAACAGCUCAAAAACUCGACAGGCUAGCCUCGUCAAUACGACCUUCAAGGACUGUGAGGGCUCGUUCUUGUUACUUCACGCUAUGCUCUUUGAGAAGAUCAAUCUCGAUAACUUUGAAAGGAGACUUCGAAACUUUUCGAAACAAUUGAAGGUCCUUCACACCCAGCACUCAUUGCUUACGGACGAUUCGAGUAAAGAACAGAGCUUGAAGGAUUCUACUCGAUCGACGCGAUGGGAUGGAUUUUACUUCAUGAUGGCUGUUAUCAAUAUUUCAGCUAUUUACGAGUUCAACUGGAGCUCCUCGGCGAUUGCAAAGUCCAACACUGCAUUUGGCGCUUUAACGGAUCAUUUGGCAACAGUGGUAACCCUUCCAUACUCAUCCAAACUUCUUUUAUUGACAAUGGAACAAGCAAUGCAACGUUACUUGACCAGCGUUGAAGAGUCCCAGAAGAAGGUGGCAACAUUGUCUAUUGAGGAGCAGCAAGGAUGGCUUGUGUAUUGCCAUGUCGUCCUUUUAUGGAUGGCCAGCCGCCCCUUUGGAUCUGGAAGCAACAUGACUGAUAAUUGGGAGAUGAUGGUGAAUCUCGAGACAUUACCGACAUUUUGGACAACAUUGACGAAGUUUAUGAACCAUCACUGGAAUAAAAUGUCACCUUUUGAACAAUCGGAUAUGCUUUCAGCAUUAUCUGAGGAAAUGUCGAAUCACACGGCGAGUUCAGAAUUGGACCGAGAGGAAGCAACAGUGCAAGAGAAGCCGUUAUUCAAGGUAUCGCCACCUCCUCUUGGUCACGAAUGGGAGUUGCGUGGACUCGCUUGGCUGCCCACUUGUCGUUUUGGAAAGCAGACGUUUGAGGGACCACAACCGGCCAUGGAUGACAUGGAAUUGAAAGGUGAUAAUCUCUGGAAGCAAGGAUCGUUGACAACAGAACACUUGAUCAAACGUCUUGUCGAAUUAAGUCUUAUUGCUGCAAUGCAUAUGGAGAUUGUGGAGUUUGAUUUCUGUGAGAAUGCAUUCAAGAUCGGUGAUGGAUACACUACAAAGAUCGAGGAAUUUGAAGCAAUGUCAUCCACACUAUCCAGCCGUCAUAACGGCCGUAAUGCUUUUAACGGGACGAGCACUGAGGACUAUUCUACAGACGAUAACAUCAUGUCAUCGUCCCAUGCUAGUAUCAGCCAUGAUUCUGGGAUCGAGGACGACGAAGGUGCAUUGUUUUCUUCAGAUGGCAUGGAUUAUUCCACAGCAGAGAUUAUGGAACUCAAAUCGAAGCGAGACCAACUCAAAUCAUUGCUGGGAGAGUCGAGUUUGAAUGGAAGAGAAAAUGCCAAGCUCGGGUCGCUGCAGCGUGAUCAUAGAGCUCGAAAUUCACCUUUGGCUUCUGCAUACGACAAUCAAAGUAGAAGUCCCGGAAGAAAAUCCAAGGGUACUGGUAGUGGACGAAGUGGAUACGUGGAUCGUCGGAACCCGACAGCAAGUGGCCAACAUCGAUCCUCGCAACAGCAUCAGCGCAGAGCCAUGGUUGCAGAUAAUGCGAUAUUGGUGAUUGAUACCAACUGUUUGGUGGCUGACUGGACGGUGAUUCAACGUGUGAUUUCUGCGGACCGAUGGACGGUUAUUAUUCCUUUGGCAGUGAUUACGGAACUGGAUGGUCUCAAGAACAAUCCUGCGCCACUUGGACCGGCAGCAGCAGCAGCAUUGAAUUAUCUUGAAGGAUGUCUAGCCAUGCGACCCAAGCCACGUCGACUCAAGAUCCAGACUAGCCGAGGCAACUACAUGAACGACUUGAGUUUCCGAGUCGAGUCUUUUAAUUUUGAGCAGCAGCAGCAACAACAACAGCAACAGCAACAACAACAGCAACAACAGCAACAGCAACAGCAGCAAUAUUCAUCACAACAUAGAAAAACAGGCUCCACCGCGGGUACUGUAUCGACCUAUGGCGAUGAUCGAGAUGAGGAGGAGUACGAUGGAGAUGAAGAGAUUAUGCGUAAUCACAAUGUGGAUGACUUCAUCCUUGGGCUAUGUUUCUGGCAUCAGGAAAAUAAUGGAUCGUCAUUUUCAUCCCUAGCUGGCUCACCCUCAGUUGGAUCGCAGUCGAACAAGGGUUUGGGACAACAAAACCAAGGUUCUGGUAUCUAUUUGGUGACAGAUGAUCGUAACCUACGUGUUAAGGCUCGAGCUAGGAAUGUAGAAGUGCUUGGAAAAGAAGAUCUUUGCUGGAUGACAAUGAAGCCAUAACUCUUUUACU